AUGGAACCAGUCACUGGAAUAUACUAUCCGGUUGACCAGUGGCCCAAGAACAGCGGCACCAAUGCUGCUGCUACGACUACUUUAUUGUUGCUUGAUCUGUUGAGGAUUUUCUAUGUGCGGAUUAUUGUGUCCACUAGCAAAUGUGGGGUAGCACUCGAAUCGCUGUCAUCAUUGGCUGAACUUGCAGAGAAUUAUUACCAGAAAAACACCAAAGCGGUGUUUGGGCCGACUUGUUACGAUGACGUUUCAAAAAUUGGCGGAUUGACAAUGGACUUUGAUAUUCUGCAGUUCAAUUCUUGGGUGGACAGUGCUUGCCAUUUUCAACCCAACACGAUUGUUCAGUGGCACGAUCCCGAAUCACAAAAGCAUGUUCACACCCGUCUUCAUCAAACACAACAUGGGCACGCGGCAAUCGUUCCUUCAUGUGGUACCCUAGAGAAACAUGCCUACACGGUAUCAACUACAGGUGUUCUGUCGUUGAUGCGAUCACAUCAUUGGGGACCUAAGCUGCAGUACAAUUCACCAUUCGACACUACUAGUGCAGGCUACCACAAUUCUGCUUCAUGUUUAUGUGAUCACAAAGGAAUUUCGAUUGGCCUCAUUUUCCUUACAUCGUAUUUGGUUUCACCCUAUAAGAGCUUCAUUCUGGAUGAAGUCUACUGCAUGAUUUUUCCGUUUUGGACCUACUCCUACAUGAUAUUUUUGGUGUCUGUGUUCUUUCUGACUGAUAUUUUUCGGCACAAGCCAGUAAUUGUGCUUGAGGGCGCGUGUCUUUCGUCAACCUGGAUUCUUCUUGUGCGAGGCGAACGCAUAGCGCAAAUGCGACUUAUGCAAAUUGUCUCCGGUUUUGCUUCAGCUGCAGAAUUUGCAUACUACUCAUUUCUGUAUGCGAUUGUAAAUGAGAAGAACUAUCGCCGUGUGACGCCAUACGUUCGUUGUGCUGCUCUCACAGGGAAAUUGUUGGCGCUUACCUUGGUUCAAGUCCUCAUUUCUGCCGGAGCUGCUAUAUAUCUGGCAUUGAAUCAGAUGUACAACUAUAUACAAUCUUUGUGGGUUGAGAUGCAGUUGGAUCGGAGCGGUGUUAAAUGUGGUCUGGCGGAGGUUAUAGAUACUGUCGCAGUAGCGGGGUGGCCUAACCAUGGUCUUUCCAGAUGGUUUCUGCAGUCAUUCGUCGGUCUCUGUGAUUGGAUACUUGAUUUGUCAGCUGACGACAAGAUUGCUACCGAUAAGAGGCCAGAAUCUCUUCGAAUCGAUGAACCCUCAUAUGGUGCUACCGUUAGUAAGCCAGAAGCUCUAGAAAGGUUCGUCGUGUAUGCAACGUAUUUCGCCUUGGUGGCUAUGUUAUUUCGUAUCAUCUUCAUUCACUCGCGGUUUAAGAAAUUGCAGAAGAUUACUGAGAGCAGCUGUCUGGUAUUCCUUUGCGGUUCUACUCUUUUGUACUCACUUCGUGUUCGGGAUAGGCUUGGAAAAUUGUCGGUGGCUGAAUUGUGCAUGAUCAAUGAAGAACCAGUCAUGCCAAAUCCGAGCAGCGAAGUAAACAUUCAGUCAUCCCAAAGGAAAAUCUACAGACAUUAG